CUUGAAUUACACCUGUGUCUCUCCCUGUCCCAAAUGCAGGCACCUCUUUUCUCCGACCUCAUCCGCUCUUUCCUAAAGCUAGACACCCAUCUCUUAUUUUUUGGUGGAGUUUGAGGCCUCUGCGAGGAGAAGCAAUAUACAACCAACUGAAAAGUACUACAUCUUACAUUUGGAACCUUUUGGAACUCUCUAGAACCUUCCAGAACCUUGAAGAACGUUAGAAUUUUCUGAUCCUUGUUGACGUCUACUAGGAGCCACCUGAGGAACUGAAGCAACUUUUUUCGCUUUUCUCCGACUAGUCUGUUGUCUCUACUGGUCUGUACUGGUCUGAACUGGUUUUUGUGGUUUGUACUGGUCUGUAGUGGUCAAGAUGCGACGGUUAGAGCUAAAGGCCCUCUGUGCAGCAUUGCUGGUCUUUGCAGUGGUGAGCGCCACUUCCUGUCAGUCGGACUCUUCAGACUGCGCCCAGGCUGAGUCAUGUGACCUGUGCGUUGGAGACUCCACCCUCAACCUGACUGGCUGUGUCUGGAGGGUCUGCGUGAACGGCAAUGAUACUGGAUGUGUGUCCAAUCAGGAUGAUUAUCAGAACUGUAAUGUGACAAGUGACCCAGACAUGUGUACAGUCAUAGAGAUCGAGGCAGAAGGGAAAGGGGACUCAGAUGGGUCUCCUGCAGAGCCGUCAGAGUUCUCUCAGGCCAGCUUUGACCUGUCCAGUUUCAUUGGAGGCAUCAUCCUGGUGUUGUGUGUCCAGGCCGGGGGCUUCUUCACCAUGCGCUUCCUCAAGAAAGAUGCCACCUACGACCCUAUAGAGCAGCCAGCCUAGAGGAGAGAGAGAAGAGGAGGACAGUGAAGGAUGAAAGAUCGAGGGUGCUGUGACUCACCAUGCUGUCACGAUGCUUUGUAUGACGUCAUGUACCAUACUCCAGUGUCUGUGUGUGUGCUUGUGUUGUACUUGUGUGUGUGUUGUACUUGUCUGUGUGUUGUACUUGUCUGUGUGUCCCAGAUGUGCACCUGUGUACAUUGUUUUGUUUGACGGAUUGUUCAUUAUGUUGUGUAACUCCUGUUUCUCUGUGUGUGUGUGUGUGUGUGUGUGUGUGUGUGUGUGUGUGUGUGUGUGUGUGUGUGCGUGUGUGUGUGUUCUCUUCGUCCCAUCAGGUGGCCUUUCCCUGAUGCCUGUGUGUCUAUUUCUAUUUUCAUAGUCUGAUGUGUUUCACCUGGAU